GUAUAUGUCCCGUACCUACGUCAUACUCAUAUUGUUAUUAUAACGCGAUGUAUACGUUCCAGACUUGAUUACAUGCGUCGGUCGCUGACGUUCGAAAUUAAAUCGUAACAAAACGUAUUGUUUUAUACACCGGGUAGACAUAUUAUGUGAUAAAUACAGUGCAAGUCAGAUCAGAGUAUACUUUUCGCAACAAUUUCGACCAGUGUCGUUCCUAUCGGUGGAACCCCGGUUUGCCGCAGAACGACAGUCGGGUGUACCGGGAGGAAGAAACCUUUCGGGGUAAAGAUUUUCGCAUUUCGCUACUGGCCGUCUACGAAGUGAAAGCGAAACCACUCGGCGCAGAUAACGUAGCUACACCAAUAAUAUAGGAGCUGGAAGGAAACGCGUAUAAUAAUAUAACGGCCACCGUGUCGCGUCACGGACGUUUGAUUCGGUUUUAAAACGUUUUUUCAACACCGAAUGGGUUCCACGAGUAUAAUAUUAUAAUAACAUCCAAGUAUUGUUGUAUAUAUAUAUAUAAUACAAUAUACAUAUUAUAGUAUAUUCGCGUGGGUCCUCGUAACUCGCACCGGGCGGCGGCGACCUGCCCGGCAUUUCCUUCUAGUCUGAACGGCUCCACUAUACCAGCCAGCUAUACCUACAGCAUAUUAUAACAACGUCUCGGCGAAGUUCCGGUCUCCGAGGCCGAUACAACAAUAUUGUACACGCGAUACCUACCUGUUCACAAGAUACAGAACGCAUUACCUGUUGCACACGAAUACGCCCUAUACGAGAUAUUACGGUGUAAUGACGUCGACACCGGUGUAAAUAAUAUAACAACUUAACGCUAUUCGACGGUCGAUAUCGAUGUCCGACCGCUGCGGGGGUGCGGUGAGCGAGGACCGAUGAAACGGAACGCGAUCAGCCGGUGGGAGCUGUCGGACCAUUUCUGGGCGGAAAGCGAUCCGCCGGAACCGUGCGCGGCGGCCAAGAGCUUUCUGCAAAAAUGCGCCCGACAGUUCGACCGGUUGACGGCCGACAACCGCCGGGUCAAGUACCGGUUGACCGCCGGCGGCCGCGACACCCUGCCGGAGCCGGCGACCCGUCCUCCUCGCCCGCCGUGGAGAUCGGUGGACCGUGUUCACGGUUGCGGUUGCUGCGGUAUCGACGGUCGGACCACCGGUGCCGCUACCGGUAACGCGAUUAUUUUUGUCAACGACGGAAGUGGCAGUCGCGAUUACUGCAGCGAAGACGUGACGCCACUGCGGCCCCAACACCCGCUGCCGUGCGUAAUCAGACGAGCCGACGACGAUUGCGCGGCCGCCAACGCCACUGACCGCGGUGGAACCGAAACGUUCGAUACCGUUCCGUACCGCGAGGGUGAGCUUGUGUGGUUUGACCCAGGUGUUGGUCAUGUCUUACCAGGAGAAGUUUUGGAAUACCACAAGCCUGCGCAAGUACUCACUGUGCAGGCUAUUAUUGCGGGGAAAACACAAAUUUUCUCACUUACAAGUCCCAACGGUGUUAACCGGCGACAAGAUCUUGGUCAAAAUGGUAUUGAAGACAUGAUACAACUUACGGACUUGAACGAGGCUUCGUUAUUGUGGAAUUUGAAAAUUCGAUAUGACAAAGAACUUAUAUAUACGUAUACUGGAAGCAUAUUAGUGGCAGUGAACCCUUACAAAAUGUACGACAUGUAUGGGUUAGACAUGGUGAAAAAAUACGAGGGCCAAAUUUUAGGAACAUUACCACCUCAUUUGUUCGCAGUUGGUUCCGCAGCUUACGGAAUGCUUCCUAGAGGAAAUCAAGUCGUCGUAAUUUCUGGCGAAUCUGGUUCUGGUAAAACGGAAUCCACUAAGCUUAUUAUGCAAUAUUUAGCAGCUGUUAAUAAAUCGCCAUCCAAUCUCAUUACUGAACAAAUUUUAGAAGCGUCCCCAUUACUGGAAAGUUUUGGUAACGCCAAAACUGUGCGUAAUGACAAUUCAUCCCGGUUUGGAAAGUUUUUAGAAGUCCAUUUCAAACAAGGAGUUAUAUUGGGCGCUAAAGUUACAGAAUAUCUACUAGAAAAAUCUCGAAUAGUAACACAAGCUCCAGAAGAACGAAAUUAUCAUGUGUUUUAUGAACUAUUGGCGGGUCUCGCUGACGAGGAGAAACUUAAAUACGGUUUGUUAUCAGCUGACAAAUAUUUUUAUUUAAAUCAAGGUGGAAAUUGUGAAAUUGAUGGAAAAUAUGAUGGAGAAGAUUUCCAAUCACUUAUGUCUGCGAUGCAAGUUCUUGGAUUCACAUCGGAAGAACAAGACACAAUAUUUCGAAUACUGGCUUCGGUUCUACACUUGGGAAAUGUUUAUUUUCAUCGUAAACAGCUAAAACACGGACAAGAAGGCGUUGAAAUCGGUUCUGAUGCAGAAAUCAGGUGGACAGGGCAUUUGCUCCGAUUGGAUGUGGAUGGUAUCAAAGAAGCAUUAACGACCAAAACCACUGAAGCUCGUAAUGAACGUGUGUUGACAGCACUAAAUAUUGAUCAAGCAUUGGACGCUAGAGAUGCAUUUGCUAAGGCAUUAUACAGUUCACUUUUUACGUGGCUCGUAGCAAGGAUUAAUCACAUUGUAUACAAGGGAACUAAAAAGACAACGGCUAUAUCGAUUUUAGAUAUAUUUGGUUUUGAAGAUUUCAAGGAAAACAGUUUCGAACAAUUAUGUAUUAACUACGCCAACGAAAAUUUACAAGUGUACUUCAAUAAACACAUAUUCAAACUAGAACAACAGGAGUACGCAAAGGAAAAAAUACAAUGGCAAAACAUUGCAUACAAUGACAAUUUGCCAGUGAUUCAGUUGCUAUCGAAAAAGCCUGUCGGCAUAUUGCACCUUCUAGACGACGAGUCUAAUUUCCCACGUGCCACCGAUGUAUCCUUUUUAGAAAAGUGCCAUUACAACCACGCGUUGAACGAAUUAUACUCUAGGCCCAGAUUAAAUGGUCCAGAAUUUGGUGUUCGCCAUUAUGCCGGACCGGUGUGGUACAACGUCGAUGGGUUUCUAGACAAAAAUCGCGACACGUUAAGGCCCGAUGUCGUGCAACUAUUAAUAUCGAGCUCUUUACCCAUGUUGAGUAAAAUGUUCAGCUCUUUACGGAAUAAUUUUGAAGCUUCAAAAACGUUAAACAAGGCCAACGGCAGAUUCGUUACCAUGAAGCCAAGAACGCCGACUGUCGCGGCCAGGUUUCAUGAUUCACUACAACAGCUCUUGGAGUCCAUAUCUGGGUGCCAUCCAUGGUUCGUGCGUUGCAUCAAACCAAACUGUGAGAAGGUAUCGAUGAAAUUCGAUAUGCCCACGGUAUUGGAACAACUUCGAUAUUCGGGAAUGUUGGAAACGAUACGGAUCCGUAAACUGGGGUAUCCAGUGCGCAUGAAGUUCAGCGAAUUCGUAGACAGAUAUCGCGUUUUGGUGCGAAAACGAAAACUUCCGCCGAAAGGCACGCCAAACAGAGAAAUCUGUCAAGCAAUAUUGGAAAAACACUCGGACGAAUAUCAAUUAGGCACGAGUCGGGUGUUUCUGCGGGAAAGCCUAGAACGGCACUUAGAACGAGAAAGAGCUGCCAUUCUGAACACGGCGGCGAUCACACUCCAGCGGAACGUCCGAGGAUUCCUUGCCCGGACCAGGUACACCGCAAAAAGGCAGAACGCUAUCAAGUUGCAAGCGUCCGUGCGUGGAUGGAUACAGAGGAGGAGAUACGAGACUUUAAAACUUGGUGUGAUUAAAGCGCAAGCUACUUUCAGAGGUAUACAGCAGCGAAAACGAUACAACCAACUGAAGGAGGAAAUGAAACGAAAAGCUAACUUGGCGAAAGAGAGGGCGAGAGUGAAGGCCCAAAAGGAAGAACAAGAAAGAAAUGCUAGGCCACAAGCGGUACCAAGUCUCAAUACAUUAGAUAUCCCAGCGGAACUCGCGUUAAUAUUUAAUAAAAUCGAAGAAUGGCAGCCAUUACACAAUAAAAGGCAGUUGGUAAAAGUUGUCGGUCCAAUCGUUGAAAUUCAAGAACAAUAUACUCUACCGAAUGAUAUUGAUCAACAUGCAUUUUCGAAGUUCACAAAUAUUUAUUUCAAAUCGCAUGUUUGGGGAAUGAAAAAGGAACCCAUAAAAACUCCAUUCCUCCACAAAAGUAAAGAUUCGGAUUACAUGGAUUCGAUUGCGAUUUUCAAAUUAAUACUAAGAUUCAUGAACGACGUGUCAUUAUCUCCCAAAAGAGAACAGGCGCUUGCAGACUACAUCAUUCACAAAGGGUUGGCCAACGAACGGCUGAGGGAUGAAAUUCUGUGUCAAUUGGUGAACCAAACGUGGCGCAACGACGUCGAAGCAAAUAACGAAAGAUGCUGGCUGCUGAUGGCCAGCUGUCUGUCGGCGUUUCCUCCAACCGGACCGCUGUACAAAUACUUAUUGAAGUACGUUUCCGAUCACGGUUACGACGGCUACAAAAGCGUGUGCCAGAGAAAGCUGCUGGCAGGGCACACUUGCACGCCGCCGGCCCGGUCUUCGGCUCCAUGUCUACUGGAGUGGCGGGCUAACCGGAAGCGGUUCAACACGGCACUGGAAUUCGCGAUGCCCGACGGCGAGACGAUGACCGCCGGCGUCGAAUCAUGGACGCGGUGUCACUCGGUUGCAUCCGCGCUGCUGGCCGAGAGGGGCAUCGCCGAGUGCAGCGGAUGGACUGUGGCGCUGGACAACGACCAAAGAAACGGGUUCGAUUACGUGUUCGACUCCAUAUCCGAAGUGGAAACGCCGCCUGGAUAUCCGGUCGGCAGACAGCCGCCCCACUCACCGCAACCGUCGUCGCCGAUGACGCCCGUUUCGAAGGUGGAACCCGUGUCCGUGAACCGCAGACCGACCGUGCCGCCACCCCAACCACCAGUGGCGAAACCGCAAAAAGUAAGAUCAGUAUCUCGAGAUCAUAGCGCAGAAAACGGUCUUUCACGGCAGUCUGCUUUAAAUGACAGAUACUUUGAGAAGACUAGUCGAUCCAGAAGUCUCGACAAUUUAAUAACACCGGUGAGUAAUGAAGCCGAUCAUCAUACCUAUGUAAGACGUAAACGUAAAAUUGCAAUAUAUUUACUACAGGUACCGCAAACCGCAGUUGCUCCAAAAAAACUAGACUCAUUGGGCUUAUCGCAUAGCAAGCUGAACGAGCGAUACAUGUCAAUGGAGCGUAUACAAGAAACCGAAAAAGAUACAGACAGUGAGGAUGAGAACGACGACGACGACGAUGGGGACGAUGAUGACGACGAUGAUGAUGACGACAUCGCCAAGUCUGUCGAUGACGAUAAUUUAGAGUCAGUCAGCCAAAGGGGUGAAACGAGAAACUAUAACGGUGCAUCAUCAGACGUGAUGUCCCAUAGUCAAAUAGAUUUCGACUAUCCAGAUAUAAAUGCUAGAAGCGAAGACGACAAAGGCUCAUACAUGAAGGGCCAUCCCAGAUUCAUCAAAUCACAGUAUGCGGGCAAACGUGGUUCGCAUUCUAUUAAAUCGCAAAUGGAUAACAAACAUUCUGACAAGUCUGAGGCGAGAAGCUGUGCCAUGUCUGAUACGAGCGAAGCUCCAUCUUUGGCUUCGCACGUCAGACGGGUACGCGUGCCGUCGCAGGCGUCGGACGUGGAUCAAUUCCUCGACGAUUUGUUCAAUCCAGUUCUGGACCAUAUGUCUGAUGCCAGAUCGCUAGCCGCGUCCAUCAAAGGUUCGUCGAAGAGCAAGUCCGUGGAAGAUUGCGAGUCUUUGGACUCUCGGGACUUUGUCAAGAGGAUAAAGGGCGGUGGAGGACGUUCGACAGGAACUAGCCGGGCGUCGAGGUCCAAUGAGAGUCCGUCGCAAGACGAAGAAUUUGAUCCGUCGUCGUUAGACAUCUCGAUGUUUGCCAGAACCGUGAAGGGUGGUGGUCGGGGCGUCGCUUCCCAGCAACAGAAUGGUUCCGGGCAGUCCGGAAACGCUUCGUUCGGCAUGUCGCCACUGAUCGGCUCGCCACCAGUGUUGCCCACCAUCCUUUCGCCGCCGUCGUUACUCAUGCCCCCCAUGAACUCACAGAACAUGUUCAACACUCCGAACGGCGGUCUCGGCGUACCAGCAAACGCGUCCAACAGCACCAGCAACGGGUCGUCGGGCGACAGCAUGCUCGCGUACCAGACGAACCUGCACCAGGCGUUCUUGCAAUCCGCCAUGGCGCAAAACAUCCAAAUCCAACAGCAAAUACUCGCGCAGAAUCAGGCCCUCCACCAGUUGCUCCAACAGCAACAGCUUUUGCCACCGGUUGGUCCUGAAAAUACAUCAGGAGUCUGGAACAAUUCACCUCCUAAACAUAAGUCUACGCCCACUAAUAAGUCGCAAGGACUCCGCGCAGGAUCGCCACAUUCAACGUUUACAAAUGUUUUGAGUGAAUUAAAGAGCAGAAAAUCAUCCAUGGAUUCUAACGUUGGAAAGGUAACAAAGAGUUCUGUACCACCACCGCCUCCCAUGCCACCGCCACCAGACUUAUGCGAUCCUAGCGAGGUAAGGCCGUUCAUGGAUCCAUAUGGCAGAGCGAAAACAGUGCGCAUUGGUAAAUGGAGAUGGCCACCACCAAGCGAUGGCACUAGCAAUGGAGUGCCUGGUGACAUGAACGGGUUUCCGUCACACCAAAGUUUUCUGCAAUUUAAAAUGUCCAAACAACAACAAAUCCAAAGACACAAGCAAUCACAAGAUUCAAGUCAAGACGGAGAACUGAAUGGAGUCGAAUGGGAGGAGUACGAGAUACAACAGUCCGAAGCAAUGAAACAACCGUCACCUAAAGAGCAAACAGAAGUUCACAAAUCAUCGUAUAAAUCAUUGGAAGUUGGCGCAUUGAGACCUAGUCCGGGCAGUGUGGGCAAACUAAGGAUCAGCAAUGAAAUGAAGCACAAAUUAGAAAUGGUCACGGCAAACCACAGUCUGCGAUCGACAACCAGCAAACCAAGACCGCAAGCCAUGAACAACAUGCCGACGCCUUUACCAACAACCGGGAAACUAGACACCGAUAGACGACUAUUGUUGCAGCAACAACUAGCCGGAAGAUGGGGUAGCGUGGACAGUGUCGAUUCUCAGAGCGUGGUCAAAGAGGACGCUUCUGACGUGCAACCGAACCACAUGAUACGCAAUCAAGUGGAACGCAUCGAGAGUUCCGGAUGGCGGUUGCCACCACCACCAAUCACUCCAUCAAGAUCCAACAGCUUUUACAAUCAAAACAUGAAAAAGAACAGCACCGGUCCCCCGGCUCCCAUACAGCCCGUGACUCGCGAAUAUGAUCAGAACAAUAUGUUCCGGAAUGCGGUACCAAACAACUACACCGCCGAACCACAGCACGAAGUCGAAAAAGGCCCCGAAUUCAACGGUCGUCCCGAAGCUAGAAUACAAUCGCCGACGCAAAACGAAGACGGACAGUCCACAAAACUGCUGCAAACCCCGGCCAACUCCUAUUUCACGUAUAACCGUGUGCCGUGGAAGUUAAACAUCCGGAAGGAAGUUUUUACUCCCAAAGAAUCGAUGUCCAGUCCGUUGGUGCUGCAUUUGAUAUUCUGUCAAAUAGUCGGCGAUAUGUUUAACAAAUUCCAUUCGGUACACGCCAGAAUAUCCGCCGACGAACGCGAAGAGAUGUUAGACUUAUUGGAUCGUUUUGGAGUAACGGCUAGCAACAUGCAAACGGGUCACCACAAAGCCAGCACCAAACGCUCCAUCGUCGAGCUGGCUCGUCAGUGGCCAUUGUAUUUUUCACGUAUAUUUCCAGUCUCGUGUGGUUAUCAGCACAGAGAUGUCGAAUACUUAUCCAUUGCUCACGGGGGCCUUCAUUUACUGCGCAAAGAAGAAAACCAAUUUCAAAUCAUGCAAACACUAACGUUUGAAGACAUUGCCGAUGUCUCGAUGGGCAAGGCCGGAGGCUCUGUACAGCUCACUAUAAUGUCGGGUGAAACCAUACCAUUCCAUUCAAAUAGAUCCAGGCAAAUACACUCAAUGAUGAGCUCAUUCUGGAAGGACGCGGCACCACUUGGUCGACUUCCCCGUCAAGUGGAUGAAAAGAUCCGUACUGCUGAACACAAGGGGUGGCAACAAACAAACACGAAGUAUUCCAAACCAACUUCACCGUAUAAACAACAUGAAUCACCACCACCCAUUCACUUUGCUGCAGAUGACGGUAAACAUUCGUUACUUCAAUUCGCAAUGUAUAAUUUCAGACAUAGUUCGGAGAAGUUUGACAUGCUGAAAUCUGCGAAUGGUGAAAUAAACGGUUCGUUGAAAGUCAUACAAAACUCCAAAAAGAAGAGUGAUGAUUGGACGUGGAAAGAACAACUGGAGAUGGUGAAAUACACCAACGUCCCGAUACCCGAAUCGCUGUUAAAAUUAGACCCAGAGUUAGACGCACUGGCCAUCGAAUGCUUCGAGUGUGUUAUGAGGUACAUGGGCGAUUUGCCUACAACGCCCGAGUUCACAGAAGUCAAAUGCGUUUACACCAUUCUCAUGCAUUGCCAUAAAUUUGAAAGCUUGAGAGACGAAGUCUACUGUCAGCUAAUGAAGCAAACGACCAACAACAAGACGGAGACGUGCCAACGGGGAUGGCGUUUGCUCAGCAUCGUCGCGGCCUAUUUCACGUGCUCCGAGAACCUAAGACCUUUCUUGCUCAAGUAUUUGGAAACGGCUGCUUACGACAAGAGGAGAGCUUUCCACGGCACUGCAAACGUAUGCCUGCAGAACUUACGGAAGACGUUGAGAUACGGUGGCCGGAAAAACGUGCCCAGCGUUGAGGAAGUGACCGCAGUGUCGGCCGGUCGUAAUUCCAAGAGACAGAUGUACCGGUUGCCGGGUGGCAGCGAGACCGUGGUCAACACGAAGUCCACAACCGUGGUAGCCGACGUCAUCGCAGGCAUGUGUUCGCUGAUCAACGUCAACGACCCGUUGGAAAUGGAAGAAUUCUCGUUGUACUGUAUCGUCGAGGGCGAUGCGUUCACGAUGCCACUGGCCGCGGACGAGUACAUACUGGACGUGACCACUGAGCUUCACAAAAACCAACAGGUGUUUUACUUGAUAUUCUGCCGGUCCGUUUGGUAUUUCCCGCUGCGACUAGACAGUCAACUAUAUGUCCAAGUGCUGUUCAACCAAAUCGCACCCGACUACUUGGAAGGCCUACUGUUGGUUUUGCCCUUCGGCCAGUUACCACAAGAUUUAUUGUACGAAGUGUGCAGAAUAGCUGCUCUGUUACAUCGAGCAGCUGACAUGGUUCAACCACCGACGUUAAAAGAAACGAAAUUCCUUUUGCCCAAACCAGCACUAAUGCAAAAUGAAGUGAAUCCUCAGCAGUUGGUGCAAAUGGUUCAAAACAAUUGGCCGCAAAUCGAAACAUUACACAGCGUGGAAGCUAAAGCUCAAUUUUUAGAAAUAUUAAGCAAAUGGCCGCUGUUCGGGUCCAGCUUCUUUGCGGUCAAACGCAGCGGUGAUCAACAGAUAUUGGCUCUGAACAGAACCGGUGUCCAUUUCCUUCACAUUGUUACCCAUAAAACCUUAUCGACAGUGCCAUUUAGUGAAGUGAUAUCGACUAGAAAAGUGAGAGCUGGCGAAGGUGCCACUCUCUACUUAGAGCUCAAGUGUGGCAACCUAUUCCAGCAACGUGUGGCCAGACUACAAACCGACCAGGCCCACGAAAUUGCCCGGCUCGUCCGACAAUAUAUAACCAUGCACCGACACAAUGUCGGUGGUCAUUGAGACAACAGCAACACAUAGAGGAGUGAAAACAUUUUUAAGGUUGUGCUCAAACAAAAUAUAGUGUGGUAAUAUUAAAUGUUUUAAUCCAGAUUUGCAUCAUUCAACAAAAAACUCUGUGUAAAACAUCAUUGUUGGUAGGUACUGCAAAAGAACAACGCACCUAUUAAAUACAACAGAAAUUUGUAUGGUGAUUUUUAAAAAUAAAUAGGCCAAAUCCAAAAGUUAAGACUAAAUUAUUAUACUAAUAUUGAUACAAAAAUGAUUACCUAGUUGUGUAAUAUUAAAUAAUCAUAGAAUUAUUAUUUAAAUUUAUUUAUUUAUUAUUUUUUUAUUUCAUGAAGUAAAUCAGUUUAUAUUAAAUUACAUAGAAGUUAUAUAUAUAGGUACAUAUUUAAUAUAGUAGAUGUUGUUUUAAUUUUUUACCAUUUACAAUAAAUAUGAAUAGUAUAUUAUCAUUUUUAAA